CUGUGCGUCCGUGGCGCUUGCAGCUUUGCCUGGAGGCUGCUGAACCCAGAGGUCGGGGAAAUCCCUCCCGCCGCAGCCAGGGCAGCCGCCUGGCCGCUUGGGCUCCGCGCCGAGGAACCUGGCUCGCAGCGGGUCCGAGCAGCCGGGGGAACGCCGCCUGCCAUGCCGCUCCGCCGGGCGCCGCCAGGUGCCCUCCCCCCAGGAGCUCCGCCGCCGCCCGGCUGCUGCUGGUGGGCGCCAGGCCCGGGGCGCAGGCGAUGGGCGUCAGCGGUGGUGACACGGUGGCACACACGGUGACACGGUGGCCGUGUCCCGCCAGUGGCGGGCGCGGGGUGGGCAGCGCUGGCGGAGGGGAGGGCAGGGCGAGGCCGAGCCCAGGCUGCCGCAGCCUUGGCCCCUGGGAUGUGUACAGCGAGGCUGGGGCCGAGGGUGCCGCUGCAGCUGUCCCGGGACAGCGGACGGAGCGUGGCUGGCGGGGCGCAGCCUUGCUUUCGUCCGCAGCACAGCCGGAGGCGGAACACGCCUCUGCUCCCCAGCGGGACUUGAGGACACAGAUGGCAUGGCUCGGCGGUGGCUUUGGCAGUGGCCGCAUGCCAUGGGCCCUUACUCUCUUUUCUCCUUUAGAUCCCUGGGCUUUUUUUCCCCUUUGAAGACAGACGCUGAUCUCCAGUUUUGUUUACUCUUGAGAACACAGCAGUUUGUUCUGCAAAGCUUGCAGACCCGCUUAGAGAUCGACCCUGACUUGCUUUUCUAGCCGCUCUGCUACAGCGAUGCCAUUAGGUGCACUUAGGAACACUUGGGGUCUACUCCAGAGCCCUUUUCCUUUGGCUCAGCCUGGCACCAGUCAGACAGCGGCGGCAUGUGCAGUAGUCCUGCAGAGACUAUCUGCCACCCUAACAUAGCUGUGCCGGGGAAGUAGCGGCUCCUCCAUGCUCUCUCCCUGUGCCUCCUGAGGAUCUGACACAGGCAGCUUGCUCCCCUCCACGUCAGCCCCUCAGGGGCGGAGCUGGUUGAUCUGAGUCUCAUGCAGCAGCCCUGGAUUGCGCUGAAAGACAGCCACAGCCAAGGGGCGGAUUGCAGCCACAAAUGUGCAUUUUGUUAUGCGCGGUUCUGACACAGUAGCAGAAGGCUUCAUACAGUAACAAUGCAUAAGGAGUCCCCCGGGCCGCAAGUCACAACUUCUUGAAGCUGAUCAUCUUGGAUCAAAUUUCAAAACAUACCUGAGGCUUCUCAGGCAAGCUGGACUGGCCUCCACCUCUGAGCAACAGAAGAACAUUCUUAAGAAUCUUGUCCUCUGCUCAGAAAUGAAAGGGAAGGCUGCAGGCACAUUCCAGGGCUCCCCUGAGGUGACCUCCAGCCCCUAGCUAAAGCCUUAACCCUUUCCAGCGCUUUUGGCAAGAUGCAGCUAAGUGCUGGGUUCCUUGCCCCUGUGUGACCUUUCCUGUGUCUUUGCAGCCCUGCUUAUGAAGUCUCAGCUUACUUGUCUUUCAUUUAGCUAUUUUAUUGAUCAUUUCUCAAAGUGGAAAUGGAACCUUCAGGCUCAGCCCGGAUGAAGCAGAGAUAAGGUAAGGGCAGUACCUUAGAAGCAGAUUGAAACCCCAGAGUCCUGUUUCUACCAUACCGGUACCUUCUUGUCUGAGGGAUGAAGCUACUGUGGCCAUUGAGCAGCCACAGCUUAACCCUGUCACACCAGGCUGAUGGCUUAAACCAGCAGGCAGAGACCAGGGAGAUCACCUAGAAACCAAAACGGAGCCUUUCACUUAAACCCAGCUGAUGUCCACUGGAAACCUGGAGGUUCUGCUGGGCCCUGGGGCAGGACCCAAAAUGCAGAUAGCCCAGCAGGAGUGUGAAGGUUUCUUUCCUUAGUCGUGCAUGAAAAAGGCUUCUAAGAGUCUCCAGAGAGAUUUGUUGGGUUUGUUAAGCUUUAUCUGGAAAAUGUACCUGGAACAGGACCCACCUCUGGCGGCUGGGGCUGUCCUUAGGCCUCUGUGUGCUCUGGAGUGUAGAAACAACAGAGAGCGUUCCUGGGCAUUAGAGGCACUACCAAUUCAACUGAAAACUUGCCAGCAGCCAUUAUUACACCACAGUACCUACCCCUGCUCCAUGGCACCUCUCUUAUUCUGGCCUGCUGAAGUGUUCAGCAAGUGCAGCAGCCUGCAGUGUAUCCAAGCCACAGCAGAGCACUGAUAGAUGUGAGAUACAAGUACCUUAAGGAAGCAAAGGCCCUGGGAUCCUUUGCUGUUUAUCUUCAUGGCUUUUACUGUAUUUGUCUGAUUAUUUCAGAUCAUAGCCUGAAUCCCAACAGUUCUUUGUGGGACAUGGGUUAUGAAAGACUGCUGCACAGUAAGAAAACCCUUCCUGGGACCAUGGGCUCUUAUGAACCCUCCAGCCUGUUCAGGAGCAGGCUCUCUACUGAGUCACUGGGGGAAAAGUUUGCUAAGUCAGAACCUGGUCCAGAAGCCACAAGAAAAGCAGUUUUCCUCUGAUGUGCUGCUUAAACUUUCCCCAUAAAUUUUAAUGGAUACUUUUGGACCUAGCUUGGCCUGGAAUCUCCUCCAGUUUUAGAAUUGUCAUCAAGAAGUCAACCAGCCCAAAACUCAGUCCUCUCAGUCUGGCCCAGCACAAGGUGAAGCCAUUCCUGCUGUGCAGGGUGCUGUGGCUCCUGGGGAGCAGGGCAGUCUUGUCUGGAGCACAGCAGUCCAAGGCCUUCUCUCUGCUCAAGGAGGAAACGUUUAAACCAAGAGAAACUCCAUAAAAGCCCACCGUGGAACAAAGUGGUAGGUACACGAGGAGGAGAUGCGGUCCAGGUAUUUCAGAUGUGUUCUGGUGCUGGCUGAGUGAUAGGACAAGGUUUCCUAUUGCUAGGGCUGCUGCAAGGGUGGGCAGUGCUGGGCACGAUCCAGUAUGCAGCAGCCCUGUGUUGUGCUGGGAGCUGUCACAGUGCACAGGCUGAGCAAGGGCCAGGUCUGAGCCCUAAGCAGGAGGCCUGUGGGGAGGCAGGCAGGAGGCAGCUGCUGUCUGUGGAAGAGAGGCUAGGUGAAGGCUGGCUUGCUGUGAGAGGGCAGCUGCCACAGAUGGGCCAUUGUCAGGAGGCUGUGUGGGAGUCGGGCACUAAAGCCAUGUUGUGAUAAUGAGGUGCUCAGCUUGGUGAGGCUGCCAGGCCCAUGGCAGCCCUGGGCACAACUGUGAUGCCAGCAUUAGCAGGGUGUUGCUCCCAGAUGCCACCAAAAUCAUAGAGCCCUGGAAUUAUUUCCAGCUGGAAAAGCCCUUUAGGAGCAUGGUGUGCAACCAUCAGCUGCCAAGCCUGCUGCUAAACCGUGUCCCUUAGCACCACGACGAUGAGGCUGUUAGACACCUCUAGCGGUGGGGAUUCAGCCACCGCCCUGGGACCCUGCUCCCGUGUGAAUAACCCUGACCCGCCAGUCGGGCAGCGCCUGUGCAAGGGCGCCACCUCUCGGCCAGUCGCGGCGCCGCAGGUGCCGGUUGGCCCCGCCGGUCGCUGCCCGCGGGUGUCGGGGCGCUCCGGGCAGCGAGGGGCAGGGGCAGCCGCUGCUGCGGGCACUGGUGCUGUGCCGCCAGCCCCCUGCGUGGGAAUGGGGUUUUGCUCGGGGCAUGUUGACUCUGCGUCUCCUUCCUUCCGUUGCGGGUAGGAGGGAAACAGGAAAGCCGCUCGGUGAGGGAGUGUGCCCGGGAAAGGCACCUGCGGAUGAGGAGCCGUCCUCCGUGUGCCACAUCAUCAGUGGUCUGGGGCUCCAGUCACCCACCGCUGACUCAUUUGGAGCAGAUUUGGUUUUGUGCCUUGAAACGAAACCUCGCCGGGCGAGGGUGUUUGUUACUGAAGCCGAGGGCUGUGUGUGCAGGCAAAGCGUUAGGGGCAUUGCGAAAUGCUGAGACACCAUCCGGGUGAGGUUGCCUCAUACAAGGUAGCCCAUUACAGCAAACGACCAGGGUUUGUGUGCGAGGAAGGCAAAUGUCAGUUUAUAACCAGCAAUAACACUCGAAGGAGAGUUUGGGUUGGUUAUUUUUGCGAGGAAGAGUUACACCAGCCCUGUGUUGCAGGCAGCAAGUGUUAGUCAUGGUUUCCCACUUGCAGAUGUAAGGAGGUUUGGGAAUGUUCUUGUGCUGUGCUUGCAUCCUGUAACUGAGUGCUGAGGUGUAAGCUUCAGGCUGGUGCUGCUGCGGAACGUGAAUUGUCUCGGGAAAUGGCAUUUGGAGAAGAGUGGAGGGGAAGCAGUUUGGGUCCUGAGGACCAAGCUGCAGAUAGCAGUAGGUGCUUUGGCACUUCCCUUGAGCAGAGGCAGGAACCUUUAGAAAAACAGAGAUAUAUCCAACCUCAUUUACUCUGGAAUUUUCUUUCUCAGGCUACUGAAAGCUUAGUGUGAGGGUGAAUGGCACUGAAAUAAUUCACUUGGAGAUUCUUUCAGGAGAAGAAUGGUACUGACACAUUUCCAUGGGUCCUGAGGCUACAGGGGCUCCCAAGCAUUUAAACGGUGCUCACACCUUUUCAGGCCCCAGUAAAGUCUGUGUGAGCAAGAGUGACUCUGGCUUCAAUGAUGGUUGUGUGUGGCCUACACAAAGUCCACUCCUAAGUAAAGCCUCUGUUACUUUCCUGCAUUAAUUUAACUACUGCUGCCUUUAUUUAGAUUGGUCCAUGAAGUCUUUUGCAUGGAGUAAACAUUUUAGAUAGAAGUGCCUGGGAUUUCAAGGGCCCUGGCAGGUGUAAAAUAAAGGUUCGAGUCCUCUCUCAAAUGUCACACUUCUAGAACCAUUGAAUUCAGAGAAUUUACUAUGUUUCUAGACAAAUGCUCUGUUUGGUUUGUCUUGCCUGAAACCUCCACCAGCAGAUAAAUCUUUCUUCAAAAAAUGUGAGCACAGCCUCCUAUACCUCUGAUAACAGCUCUGCUUUCCCAUGACCUGCAUUCAUAUAUGUCAUGCUCAGAUAAGGAGGAGGCACAACGCUGACUAAUGCUGCUUUUUUGGAAGGAAAAUGACAAAAGCUAUUUGAGACAGGAAUAGAAGUGCCAGCACUAAAUGAUAGAUGAACAGCCGGUAGCAAAGGUGGCAGCUCUAACGUUUCCCUGUAUUUAUGGAGCACUGAAAUGACAAGUGUGAUCCCGACUUGUUUCUCUAGGCUGGAUGCUUAUCUUUAGAUUCAGCAACUCUCUGAGUCCUAGGACAGGGUGUAAGAGAGUGGAUGGCUUUUGUUUAGCACAAGUGAGUGCUGCAGCCUCUCUGGAGGCUGGGGUGUGGGGCAUGUUGUGUCCCUCACCAGCCUUCCUGCUUACAGUCUGUUCCCAUAUUUUGUCUGACAGCCCUUGCUCCUUAUUAACAUGACUAUAGCUUCUUUGUGUGCUCUGUCAGCAGAAAUCCUGCACCAGAAUAAAUUUCAGAGGUGUUAGAUUGGAGUGGUUUGACCAGAUGAUGGCACACACAUGUCUCUGAGACUGACAGCACCUAUGGCUUUGCACCUAUUUGGCUUCUGCUCUGGCCAGGGGCAGCAGCCAGCACUGUUGCCAUCCCACGGCCCUCUCUGGACGUUGGGCUCUGGACUGGAGAUGAUGCAUUAUGUGCAGACUAGAAUGGAGUGGGCAGUGGCCACAGUAAGGAGUUACCUGUCUGUAUGUCACCUGGAAGCUCAGUUAUUAGUGUAGCUUAUGUGAUAUUCAGGUUCAUGGAAAGCAAAGCCGUGUGUGAUGGUCUUUCUGCAGGCAGUGCCAUGUCCACUGAGACUGGAGCUCAGACAGGAGCCUGCAAAUGCCAGGAAUACAGUUCCAGACCAUGCGGGUCAAAGCAGAUAGGUUUAUUUGAGACUGUCUUGUCAGAGCACCUCCUAAGGCUUUUCCACUUCAGGCUCUGAUUACAGGUUGAUUUGGCAGGUGACGGGAGGUGAAGUGGUAAUUAACCUUUCUGCUCACCUGCUCUGCUGGCAGCUUUUGCAGCCACUCUCUUGCAGUAUUCUCUGUAGAUCUGCCAGAUGCAAGACAGCACAGGGCCAAACAUCCCUCGCUGGAGGAGCCAGCUGCUUCCUAAGAAGGUAUGCCAAGCUCCGGUGACCACAUGGGGUCUGGCAUGCCGCAGUCCCCUGCCUUUCUUGGGGAGACAGCUGGCACCCCAGCCGCAUGGGGCUUCUGAGUCGAGCCGGGUGCUAUGCGGAUCCGUACAGAGUCCGCUGGGCUCCGACUCGCCCCGCAGUCACGGACAGCGGGAGCCCAGCGGGGAGCUCACACUUCCAUGGGGCUGGCAGCCGGGAAGGCUUCUGCGUGCGGGCAGCGGAGCUCCUCCCGGUCCCGGGCAUCUGGGGCGCCGGUAGCAGAUAUACGUUCAGGCUGAGAGAUCGUCCCCGGCUGGGAGGAGCUAGCAGCUCCGCUGCUGUAAACAGUGCGGGCAGCGCCAGCGGUUGGAAGAUGGAUAUAAAUAGGGAGGCGGAGGGGAGGCAGCCGGAGCGGAGGAGAGGGAGCUGCUUGCUCCUGCAGUCGGGGUGCCCAGCAGCUCGGGUCGGGAGCUCCCGAGAGGCAGCGUACAAAGUUUGCGCCUGAGCGCUGACGGGAAUAGGAAACCACCCAGAGACUUAGAAAUCCUGAAGAAUGGCUCUGCCUGCCUCCAAGUGCCUGGCUGGAAGUGUCGGUUUCCUUCUGUUCCUGAUCUCUUCCAUCAGCACAGCAGAAGCAGCUCUUGUGUGCCCUGACAAGGAUCCUGAGUUAGAAGACUGGAGCCCAGGUCACAAUGAGGAAAACCACAUUGAAAUUCAUAACGGCAGGAAGCUCCUUCUGUCUUCUUCUGCGACUGUCCACUCCAUCCACAUCUCUGAUGGAGGGAAGCUGGUGCUGAAGGAUGCUGUGCAGCCCAUCGUGCUGCGCACCAGGCACAUCCUCAUCGAGGGCGGCGGAGAGCUGCACGUCGGCAGCGAGACCUGUCCUUACCGAGGCCACGUGGCCAUCAUCCUCUACGGGAGAGCGGAUGAUGGCAGCCAGCCCAAUCCCUACUUUGGGCAGAAGUAUAUUGGAGUAAGUAAAGGUGGCACUCUUGAGAUCCACGGAAAGAAAAAGCUAUCCUGGACAUUCUUGAACAAGACUCUUCAUCCUGGUGGCAUGGAAGAAGGUGGAUAUUACUUUGAGAGGAGCUGGGGCCAUCGAGGUGUCAUUGUCCAUGUGAUUGACCCAAAGACAGGGGCUGUUGUCCAUUCUGAUCGGUUCGACACCUACAGAGCAAAGGAGGAGAGCAUGCGCCUGGCCCAGUACUUGGACAGAGUCGCCAAUGGCAUGAUCCUGGCGGUUGCAGUGAACGAUGAAGGAUCUAGAAAUUUGGAUGACUCGGCCAGGAAAGCAAUGACCAAACUGGGCAGCAAGCAUUUCCUCCACCUUGGCUUUAGGCACCCCUGGAGUUUUAUUACUGUUAAAGGAAAUCCCUCCUCUUCUGUCGAAGACCACAUUGAAUAUCAAGGCCAGAGAGGAUCAGCUGUGGCCAAAGUAUUCAAACUGUUUGAAGCUGAGAAUGGAGAACACUUCAAUGUCUCUUCAACUAGUGAGUGGGUUCAAGACGUAGAAUGGACAGAAUGGUUUGAGAAGCCUGACAAAGCCAGACCUAAGGACAUGGAGAAGCUUUCUGCCUUCAAAGCUGCUCAUCCUGAUAAGAUCUGUCGGCAGCCCAUUGCCAUCCAGGCAAUGACUCUUGAUGGAGCUAAUUUAACAACAGAGGUUUUCUACAAGGGUGGCCACGAUUACAGGUUUCUGUGCCACGGCAAGGACCAGACGGGAGAGGGCUGCCGGGACUACAGAGUUCGGUUCCUGUGUGGCAGGUCUGUGAAACCAAAGCUCACAGUAACCAUUGACACCAACGUGAACAGCACAGUCCUGAGCCUGGUGGAUGACAUCAGCUCCUGGGAGCCAGGAGACAGGCUGGUGGUGGCAAGCACCGACUACUCCAUGUACCAGGCGGAGGAGUUCCAAGUACUGCCGUGCAAAGCCUGCGGGCCCAACCAGGUGAAGGUAGCAGGGAAGGCAGCUUACCUCCACGUUGGAGAAGUCAUUGAUGGUGUGGACAUGCGGGCAGAAGUGGGGCUGCUGAGCCACAACGUUGUGGUGAUGGGCGAGAUGGAGGGGACCUGCUAUGAGUACGGCAGCAAGUUAUGCUCCUUCUUUGACUUUGACACCUUUGGGGGACACAUCAAGAUCGGUCUCGACUUUAAGGCUACCCACAUUGAAGGUCUAGAACUGAAAUACAUGGGCCAGCAGACAAUGGGGCACUAUCCCAUUCAUUUCCAUAUGGCUGGAGACGUGGACGAGAAAGGAGGCUACGACCCUCCAACAUACGUGAAGGAUGUCUCCAUCCACCACACCUUCUCCCGCUGCGUCACUGUCCAUGGAUCAAACGGCUUACUGGUGAAGGAUGUUGUGGGCUACGAUGCCCUGGGCCAUUGCUUCUUUACAGAGGAUGGCCCAGAGGAACGCAACACUUUUGAUCACUGCCUUGGGCUGCUUGUCAAACCCAGCACCCUGCUCCCUUCCGACCGAGACAGCAGGAUGUGCAAGCUGAUCACUGAGGGUGCUUACCCAGGCUACAUCCCCAAACCCAGGCAGGACUGUAGCGCCGUGUCCACCUUCUGGAUAGCCAACCCCCACAACAACCUCAUCAACUGUGCGGCUGCGGGCUCCGAGGAAACAGGGUUCUGGUUCGUGCUGCACCACGUACCGACAGGGCCCUCUGCAGGGAUGUACUCCCCUGGCUACUCGGAGCACAUGCCCAUGGGCAACUUCUCCAACAACCGCGCCCACUCCAACUACCGGGCUGGGAUGAUCAUUGAUAAUGGUGUUAAAACCACUCCAGCCUCCGCCAAGGACAAGAGACCCAUCCUGACACUGAUUUCUGGGAGGUACAGCCCACACAAAGAUGCUGACCCUCUGAAGCCCAGGGAACCUGCAAUCAUCGAGCGCUUCAUUGCCUACAAGAACCAGGACCACGGGGCCUGGCUGCGGGGUGGAGAUGUGUGGCUGGACAACUGCCAGUUUGCUGACAAUGGCAUCGGGCUGACCUUGGCGAGUGGUGGGACAUUCCCUCAUGAUGACGGCUCAAAGCAGGAAAUCAAGAACAGUCUCUUUGUUGGUGAGAGUGGAAACCUGGGUACUGAGACACUGGGCAAUGAGAUCUGGGGACCUGGAGGUCUGGAUCACAGAGGGAGGACCCUGCCCAUCGGCCCGGACUUUCCCAUCCGAGGGAUCCAGUUCUACGACGGCCCCAUCAACGUGCAGAACUGCACCUUCCGCAAGUUCGCGGCGCUGGAGGGGCGGCACACCAGCGCCCUGGCCUUCCGCCUCAACAACGCCUGGCAGAGCUGCCCCAACAACAACGUCACCAGCAUCCGCUUCGAGGAUGUCCCUAUUACUUCCAGGGUCUUCUUUGGAGAACCUGGACCCUGGUUCAACGAUCUGGAUAUGGAUGGUGAUAAAACCUCAGUUUUCCAUGAUGUAGAUGGUUCUGUGUCAGAGUACCCAGGCUCAUACCUGAUAAAAGAAGACAACUGGUUAAUCAAGCACCCUGACUGCAUCGAUGUGCCCGACUGGAGGGGCUCCAUCUGCAGUGGGCACUUUGCACAGAUAUACAUCCAAGCCUACAAACCAGCCAACCUGAAAAUGAAAAUAAUAAAAAAUGACUACCACAGUCAGCCGCUCUACUUGGAAGGGGCUUUGAGCAAAAGCACUCAUUACCAGCAGUAUCAGCCAGUUGUAACUCUGAGGAAAGGCUACACCAUCCACUGGGACAAGACAGCCCCUGAAGAGCUGGCCAUAUGGCUCAUCAACUUCAACAAGAAUGACUGGAUCCAAGUAGGGUUUUGCUAUCCUAGAGGAACAACCUUUUCCAUUCUCUCAGACAUCCACAAUCGCCUCUUGAAGAAAACCUACAAAACUGGAACCUUCUACAGGACUUCUCAAAUGGAGAAGCUGGAGCACAGAUAUCCUAGCAAAGGAUACUACUACUGGGAUGAGGACACUGGGCUGCUGUUUCUGAAACUCAAAGCCCAAAAUGAGAAGGAGAAAUUCGCCUUCUGCUCAGUGAAGGGCUGUGAGCGGAUCCGGAUCAAAGCUGUGAUCCCCAGGACUGCUGGCAGCAGCGACUGUGAGGCCAAGGCCUACCCCAAGUACAUCGAGACACCCAUAGUAGAAGUGCCGAUGCCUAAGAAGCUCUCGGGUGCACAGCUGAAGACUAAGGACCACCUGCUAGAAAUGAAAAUAGAAACCUACAAGAAGCAGUACUUCCACCUAAGGGAUGACUUUGCAUACAUUGAGGUUGAUGGUGUCAGGUUUUUCCUCACUGAGGAGGGGAUCCAGCUGGUUGUGAUCGAUGGACACCAGGGAGAAGUUGUUGAUCGAGCAACAUUCAAGAAUUCAAUUCUGCAAGGAAUCCCAGCACAGAUUGAGAACUAUGUCAACAGCAUCAGAGAUCACUCCAUAGUGCUGGUGACAUCUAAAGGAAAAUUCAUUUCAAGAGGACCAUGGACUAAAGUAUUGGAGAAACUUGGAGCGGAAGAAGGUUUUAGGUUAAAAGACAAAAUGGCUUUUGCCGGCUUCAAAGGCAGCUUCCGCCCCGUCUGGGUGAAGCUGGUCACUAAUGAGGACUCAGCUAAAAUCUAUCAAGCACUGCCAAUUCCUGUGGUGAAGAAAAUGAAAUUAUGAGGACAGGCUGCUGUGCUCUGGCUGCCAGCACUGCCCCGUGGGAUGCACUACUGACUGCUCACCGCAGGCACCUGGCCAGCCUGUGCCAGAGGUGCAGCAGCUCCUCCUUGUUGUGUUCCAAAAGAAGUCUUACUGUAAGUAGCUAGAAUGGCCCCAUGUGACAGAAAGCCUUCCUCUGAGCCCAGCCUGUGUUGUGCCAUCACCAGCCUCUCGCUGGCUGACUUGCUCACUGAUGCCAUGGUGAUUCUGGUGUCACUAAGAAGAUUUUACCUGCUCUACAAGGUGCUGGUUUUAUCAGCACCCCUGGGACAGCCUUACCUGAUAUGCCACCUCCCAAAGGGAGAGUUCUAGGUCUAAAGACCAUGGAGGACUCCUGCUUUGCUCAGCCUCUAAGUUGUCCACACACCGUUUUUUAUCUCAACCAGCUGCUCACAUAAACAUGGAAUGGCAUUUGGAAGGCUCCUUGGAAAUCUAAGCUGGAAGGAGUAGAGCUGAAUGGUUACCUCUGUGCUGGAAACAUACCUGGGCAAUAAGGAUUCAUCCUACAGAAUCUGUGAUGUUUGGGAUGUGUUGUACACAUUAACCCAUGGCACAUAGGUGGGGAGGAGAUGGUGGAAGGAGCAGAUAAACUAUGCCAGCAGAGACUGAUGAAAGCUGAUUGCUGCUUGCCCAGAAAGUGGCAGUGUCUGAUGGGUCCAGGGAUUGUGCUGAUUGCUCAGCCAGGAGGCUUUCCCUCGACAAGCAGCUGUAGGCAGAAGGGAAGCUGUGCCAGUCAGCACAUACAUUUUCUCAGCCAGUCUCUCCACAGAACAAUGUUAGGGAUCAGGCUAGAGAGUUUAUGGUGGCCAGUCUUCAAGGCUCCCAGUUCUAACUGGUAAUCCUGCCUAACCCAGCCUCAAAUAGUAUGAGCAGCCCUCAUCUUUCCGGAGAGGUCGGAGAGAGCAGGAUCAGGCUUCUGAUCCUGUCCUAAGGCUAAAGGGCAUGAGUGUCUUGGUCCUUCUGGAGGAGUUACGUGAGAUCUGGACAGAAGGUGACAGAUGUCUUACCAGGUAGGGGAAAAAUGAGAGCUGGAUACUUCCUUUCCCUCUUCCUCAAAGCAGCACCUGAGUGAUGAAGGCAGGACUCCUACAGGGACCUCCUGAAGCUGGGAAUGAAACAUUAUCUUGUCAAAAAUUGUGAGCUCCUCCAGUGCUCAGUGAGUCCUCUUCCUGGUGCUCAGAAGUGCCAUGGAGGCAUCUCCAGAGCCUGUGGCUACUGUAAGACUCCCAGUGGGGUGUGCAGGUAGAAGAUCAGCUGAGGCUGUUCAGAGUGCAUAGAAUGUUGAUUUUGCCAGUAUCUGGGUUUCUUUCCUCGUUCUGAUUCUGCUUGUCCCCACUGCUACAUAAAUUAUUCUAGGUGCUGAUGGUUACUUCAUUUUGCUCUGAUUUAAUUAAAUCUUAUGCAAUUAAGUUGCUCCCCACCCCCAACAUCCAAAACACUCUCUUGCAGCUAGAAUGAAGGAGUAGGAAUUCUGUGCUGGGAUUCUGUUACACUCCGUAAGCCUGGUUUGGAUCAAUUGCUCUGGGAGUCAAAGCAGCCAUGAGCACAACUUAGUAUUGUGAGUUGCAUUUUCCUCUCCUGGGUUUUGAAACUGGAAAUGUUCUUAUCAGUCUUACUCUGUAGCUGUUGUGAACUGAGUGAAUGUCAUGUGGAUUGCAGUCACAAAAGAAGGGCGAGUCUUUCCCUCCCGUGCUUCUCAACAGGACUCCUGUUGCCCUUUAAGCAUCUGUGCUGUACCAGAAUCAGUGCCCAGCACUUGUGAAAGGCAAACAAGUUGGGGUUGUUUCCCCCCCAGUGGCUUAGGAUUUAUUCAAGGACUUCACAAACUAUUCCUUGAAAACUUCAGUCCCAGUCUUAUCUCAACCAUAAUUAUCCAAGCAUCGUUUAGCUGACGUUCUCUGACAGCCAACAGGGAGCCAGAUCCCUGGAGCUGAGCAAUCAGAAGAGAAAAAAGCCCCUUGAGUGUGUGGGCCUGGGUUGUGUCCUGCAGCUCUGCUGAUGUCACUGCACCUGUGCCAGUGGAGGAUGCUGACUGGCAUCACACUGACUUGGCUCCAGGGAAUGGAGCAGAGCAGGACACUUCUUUCAUCAGUGCUCAACCAGCAGCAGGCAGGAAAGCUGAGCUCAGAAUGCACCUGGUUUGUAUGACCCCUAGGGAGGGGUUGCCCUCUAUGAUGCUCUGCUCCAUGGGCCACCAGCUAGUUACCUUCUGCUCUCUGUGAGCAGGUACAUGCCCAGGAGGAUCAUGCCCUAGAUUGGUUCAUUUAGCUUCUCUGAGCCUGCAGUCUUUGUGCUGAAGGUUAGCUUCUGGUUUAUUCUUUUGGGAAUUCUCAGGGUGAAAUCAUAAGACUUGGCUCUAGGAAAAAGUUUUGCUUUUCUUUCCUGAAAAAAAUCUCAUCUUAUUAGGAGAAGAAGCUUUUAAGUCGCUUGUUCUAUCAUGCAAAGCUUGUCACAUGGGGCCCGUUUUGGAGCUAGGGUGGGUCUCACGCUGUGUCUGCAAAGUGCAGGGUCCCUGCAGUCUGAGGGCCAGCAGAGCCUGAGGGCUAACGGAGCAUCGAGCUGCUGCCGCGGCUGAAAGGCAAAGGGAUGAGGUCAGCCAGGGCUCUGCUCUGCAGGCAGAACCUCGCCUGCCACCAGUGCUGGUCAGUAGUAGUUUUGUGCCAUGUGCUUACUUCUUGGUCUUUGACUGUCGUAGAAGCUGUCCAUGCACAUUUGGGCUGCUGCAGUUCCUGCCUGCUAGUCCUUCGCACGGGUCCUGCACAAGCUGCAGUGCCUCUGCGUAAGGUUUUGUCACUGCAGGUGCUUGCCCUGGGCAGAGUGGGGUCUUACUGACUGCCCUGUGUCUGUCUGUCUGUCUGGUUGUCUAGCUGUUUGGGCCUGCCUCUGCCUGGAUGUUGGCUCUCCCUGCUGCAGAAGCAGCUGGACCUCUUUGGGAGUCAGAGGGUUGUGUAUUUCCUUAGAGACGUUCCAAUGAAAAAAACAAAGAUAUAUUUUCUAUUAAUUUAUUACAGUGGCACUAAGACAACUCUUGCAGACAUUUUUCCUGCAGUUGGCAUUGCCCAGGUUGUUGAGGUCAGCCACGUGUCCUUUCUGGUACCUGCUUUGCACUUGGAAUCUCUGUGCCCACCGACCGCAGCGAGGCAUCCACUGUUUCAUACGACAAGAGCUCUUGGAUGUUGGUUCCAACAGACUGUGGCUUACAACCGUAGUUGUUUGGAGUGCACAAUAAAUAUUCAAUGCAAAUGUCUUAUUUAA